GGCUUUGCCACCUUCUUCUACCAGGGUGGCAACGCCGGCGCUUGCGGCACGGUGCACUCGGACAGCGACAAGGUCGUUGCCCUGCAAACGAGCAUGUACUCCAACGGUGCCCACUGCGGCAAGAAGGUCUUGCUCAAGAACAAGUCCAACGGAAAGACGUGCGAGGCCACCGUCGCCGACGAGUGCCCUACCUGCAAGAACAAGCAGUCGGUCGACCUCUCCAAGGCUGCCUUCGACGCCCUCGCCGCCGAGAGCGUCGGCAUGUUCGACCUCGAGUGGGGCUUC